CAAGAUCCUUUGCUCCACGGUAUUCCACUGCACGGCAGCACGCACCCUGCACGCUGUCCUUCUCACUACUGACUCUGCCGCAAAUCAAACUCAUUCACGGUCGCUCACUGCAUUCACCAUCUUCAUUGAUAUCUUUGGCCAUAUCACUUUGACAUCCAGUCAACAGCCAGACUAAUAUCGCUGGUCGACCGCCAUUCAAGAUCCCAAACCCGGCCGACCCAACCUGUGUCCUUCUCCACGAGCUCUGAGCCGCAGCCAACUUGACCCCAACCACCGCAGUCCCGCUGUUCAGAGCCUUGAAAGAAAGCUUCGGCGCCAGUUGUCCACACCGCUCGAGCCUUGCGCAACUGUUCUUUCGACAUCGAGCUCCGUCCAGGGUCUCAUGUUGAAAAAGCGAAGACUUGGCCUACCUUACAGCCUUCCCCUAGACACCCACACAGUACUGGCAACCCCUCCGAUCUCCUUCCUCUGCGCGUCCAACGUACAAACCAGGGCAAAGACAACAAAACCCUCCCUGCCUCGUUAGAUGGCAGAUGGUGCAUUCCGGUUCCAUCAGCCUGGAGCCGGGCAAUUCUACCCGACGCAGCACGCCAACCACCGCAACCAAAACAGAGCCAGUUCACCGUCCGGGCCCCGACGUCCCUUCACCAACGACACGCCGUCGCCCUCUAGGUCGCCUGUGAAUCCCUCUCUCGGUCAUAAUUUCAACAUGUACUCACAAAAUGGGUAUCAAACUCAACAUGGGCUGCUAAAUGGGGCGCAAAACCACCAGCGAUAUGGUAAUCUGCAAAUGCCAAAAUCCCAGCCACAACACCAUGCUCACCACAAUGUAACGCAACAUCAUGCGCAGCACCAUCAUGCCGGGCAGUUGGGACAUCAUCAUAACAUUUCGUCCGGUGGAUUUCCAUCAGCGACCCCUCACCUGCCCAGUUACGCGCACGAGCAUUUGCAGAACGGCAAUGGCAAAGGUUUACCGAAUGACAGUCCUGACGAACUGGAGAACGAGUAUUGGCGGGAACAACGACAAUUUUAUGAGGAGAGCAAGGAAAUGACCGGACAGCAUCAGCGCGCUAAGACGGUUGCGCAGCACUCUAAGGGAGUGAACUAUGUGCCGUUGGGAGCAGCUGCGGAGGAACUGCAGACGGAUAACAACCGGUCGGCGGCUUCGAAUGGACAGAAUGGAAACAAACAGACUUGGGACGAGCUCGACCUCGGCGGACAAGGUCUCUGUGCACUGUCACCUGUACUAUUCAAUCCGUCGUACCAUUUCCUCAAACGCCUUGAUCUGAUGUACAAUCAAUUAGAGACUUUGCCGCCGGAGAUUGGUCGUUUAAGGAAUCUGGAGUAUCUGGAUGUAUCCUUCAACCAACUCACCGAACUGCCCGAAGAGAUCGGGAUGCUUACGAACCUCAAGCACCUUCUUCUUUUUGGCAACCAUAUCCAAACUCUCUGUUACGAACUCGGUUUUCUCUACAAACUGGAAAUGCUGGGUGUCUACGGCAAUCCCUUGGAGCAAGGACAACGAGACAAGAUCACGGAAGGAGGGACAAGAAAGUUGAUCGAGUAUCUCCGUGAGAGCAUGCCAGAACCCCCACCACCGCGCGAGAGAGAAUGGCACCAACUUGAAGAAGUAACAGAAAGCGACGUGGACACCAUCAAGGUUCUGAACUACAAUAUCCUCUGCGAUCGCUAUGCCACCCAGCAGCAGUACGGUUAUGUUCCGGAGCGCGUUCUGGGCUGGGGCUUCCGCAAGACAUUGAUUCUCGAAGAAAUCCGCGAAAUCAACGCCGACAUUGUAUGCUUACAAGAGUUGGACCGCUGCAGCUACGAUGAUUUCUUCCGCGGCGAAUUGGCUGUCUCGGGCUACAAAGGGUACUAUGCUCAGAAGAGCCGGGCCGAAACGCUGGGCGACAAUGCGAGAUUCGUCGACGGGUGCGGCACGUUCUGGAAAGACAAGAAAUACGUGCUUCUCGACACGCAGCAUCUCAUUCUAGGACGGAAGGCAGUGGAGCGACCCGGUGCGAAGGCCUCGGCCGACAUGCUCAACCGAGUUUGGCAGAGAGAUGACAUUGCGACGGUGGUGUUUUUGGAAAACCGCGUUACGGGCUCUCGGCUCAUUGUCGUCAAUACACACAUCUACUGGGACCCGGCGUACAAGGACGUCAAACUGAUCCAAGCAGCCGUGUUGAUGGAAGAACUUCAGAAACUGACAGAGAAGUACACCAAGUACCCGCCGGCGACCAACAAACAAGUCUUCCGCUUCUCCGACGCCGAAGACGAGCCGCUUCCCGAGCCCGGCCCGUCGCUAUCGUACAACUCUCCGACUCAAAUUCCCAUGAUCAUCUGUGGCGACUUCAACUCGGGCGCCGGAUCAGCCGUGUACGAUCUCUUUACCAAGAAAGGAUUGAACGCCGAGCAUGCCGAUCUCGACGGCCGAGAUUACGGUGCCUUCUCCCGUGCCGGCAUGCAGCACCAUUUCACUCUCAAGUCGUCAUAUGCCGCCAUCGACGAGGAGAUGCCCUUCACAAACUACACGCCUUCCUUUGUCGACGUUUUGGACUACAUCUGGUACUCGAGCAAUUCAUUGAGGGUGGUGGGACUGCUAGGCGCCAUCGAUCCGGAGUACCUGAAACGCGUGCCUGGAUUCCCCAACUUCCACUUCCCCAGUGACCACAUCGCCAUCGUGGCCGAAUUCAAGGUCGAGAAGCAGCGGAAUGUACAGAAAGCCGUCGAGGCUGACUUUGGACCAUCGAGCAAGAAAUAGUAGUUCCAGGCUCGAGGCUCGGACAAUGUCAGCCAACAGGGGAACGAAAGCGAAGAGGACUGGCUGCUUGUGUAGGACUGGAUCUCGGGGUGCUUGUGUGAUUAGGCCGGUGGGGGCGUUCUGUUUCACGGGGCGGCGCUGUGUCCUGACGUUCAUUAAAGAGAGAAGAAAUGAAAGAUCUCUGGGGCGGGCGGGGAAGACUCGAAGUGAUGGAAUGAAUGAUGGCCAUGGUCAGAGUGGAUGACAUUUGGGAUAAACCCCCUUUGGAAUGGAUGGGGUUUGGCCAUGUAUAUUCUGCAGUUCUGUUCACUCAAAGUCUCUGUGUGUUUUCUCUCUUCUCUUGUCCGUGGUUCUCUUGUUCCUGCCUUCCCGCUUUGAAUUCCUGCAUCCUGUUCCGGGUUCCCUGCUCUACCUUGCUGAAUUUCCCAAACGCAAUGUUUCAUCAAAGAGAUUCGCAAUCCUCUCCCAUCGGAG